AUGGCUGAAGAAGCUGCUGUUUUAAACAGUUUUUUAACCUGUCAAGUCUGCCUCGAGACGUUCAAAGAUCCCGUUUCUCUGAGUUGCAACCACAACUUCUGCUCCAGCUGCUUGCAGAAGUCCUGGGAACAAACGAAAAACAAAAACUGUCCCAUCUGUAAGAGAAAAUCGUCCAAAGAUCAGCUGGGAGUCAACUUUGGCCUGAAGGAAGUUGCUGACUUGUUUGCUGGAAGACCGAGAUCUGGACCAUCAGAACCGGCAGAGCAGAAGGUCGUGGAGGUCUGCAAGAAACAUCCAGGAGAAUCCAAACUGUUCUGCAAAGACGACCAGAGAGCUGUGUGUUCUGUCUGUGACCCUCAUCAGCACCAGAGCCACACGCUGGUUCCUGUAGAAGUGGUGAUCAAUGAGCUGAAGGAGGAGCUGAAAUCAGACAUUAAGUCUCUGAUGGACAAGAAGAACGAAUGCAGACGAGUGGAGGAGACCUACAAUCACAUCAUCCAACACUCCAAGAAGCAGCUGCUGUCCACGGAGAGACAGAUCCGAGCAGAGUUCAACAAGCUCCACCAGUUCCUGAAGGAGGAGGAGGAGUCCAGAGUGUCCGCUCUGAGGGAGGAAGAGGAGCAGAAGAGGAAGACUGUGAGCAGAGAGAUGAAGAAGAUCCAGGAGCAGAUGUCCUCUCUGUCAGAAAGCAUCGCUGCUGUUAAAGCAGAGCUGCAGAAAAACGAGGAGGCGUUCCUCUGCACUUAUAAAGGUGUUCAGAACCGAGCCAGAACCCAGAGCUCGCUGACAGAACCUCAGCUGCUCUCAGGAGCUCUGAUAGAUGUGGCCAAACAUGUGGGCAACCUGUCCUUCAGAGUCUGGGAGAAGAUGAGGGAGAAGGUCCACUUCCACCCGGUCCUCCUGGACCCGAACACUGCUCACGGGAAGCUCUUUCUGUCCAGCGAUCUGACCCGUGUGAGGUUUGGGGAAAGUUAUCAGCAGCUUCCCGACAAUCCGGAGAGAAACACGAGAUUUUAUAACGUGUUCGGCUCUGAGGGCUUCAGCUCCGGCAGACACAGCUGGGAGGUGGAGGUGGGAGAUCAUCCCCGCUGGAACAUCGGGGUGGCCAACGAGUCCUCUGAGAGGAAGGCAGACAGACAAGCGUCUCCGCCGUACGGAAUCUGGUGUUUGCUGUUCGACCACGGAAAGAUCGUUGCUGGGGACGGUAAGAUCGUGAAACCGGCCAAAACGCCCCAGAAGCUCAGAGUGGAGCUGGAUUAUGACGGCGGGGAGGUGUCCUUCUACGACCCCGAAGACAUGACUCACAUCUACACUCUGCAGGACGCGUUCACCGAGACGCUCUUCCCGUAUUUCUGCGUUUGUUCGUCUGAAGACGCUGAAACCACAGAAAUCAAGAUGUGUGUGUUCUCCUCCCAGACAUGAGAACCACCAGGAUGUUCAGGAAGUGACGCUGGAAAUAUUAAACAGGUGGAGGUGUAUGGAGCUAGAUUGGAGCCAAUAUUAUUAUAAAGAAAAUAAAACAAAUUUAAA